AUGGCCUCUUUUAAGGUGUACAUCAUCAAAGUCACCUGGUCCAAUGGGUCCACAGAAGUCAUAUACCGACGGUACAGCAAGUUCUUUGACCUGCAGAUGCAAAUGCUGGACAAGUUUCCAAUGGAAGGAGGGCAGAAGGACCCCAAGCAAAGGAUCAUCCCCUUUCUGCCAGGGAAGAUCCUCUUCCGCCGGAGUCACAUCCGCGAUGUUGCGGUCAAGCGCCUGAUACCCAUCGAUGAAUACUGCAAGGCUCUGAUCCAGCUGCCUCCCUACAUCUCCCAGUGCGAGGAGGUUCUCCAGUUCUUUGAGACACGACCUGACGACUUGACACCCCCCAAAGAGGAGCCCAUUGGAAAGAAGAGGUCUGGAGCUGACUCUGCCUCGGUCGACCCCUUGGUGCUGGAGCAGUAUGUCGUGGUGGCGGACUACCAGAAGCAGGAGAGCUCCGAGAUCAGCCUGUGCGUGGGCCAGUUGGUGGAUAUCAUUGAGAAGAACGAAUCAGGUUGGUGGUUUGUGAGCACGUCAGAGGAGCAAGGCUGGGUGCCGGCGACCUGCCUGGAGGCCCAGGAUGGUGUCCAGGAUGAGUUCUCAAUGCAGCCCGAUGAAGAGGAGAAGUACACUGUUAUUUACCCCUACACCGCAAGAGACCAGGAUGAAAUGAACCUGGACAAAGGGGCUGUGGUGGAGGUGAUCCAGAAGAACCUGGAGGGCUGGUGGAAAAUCAGGUACCAGGGCCAAGAAGGCUGGGCCCCCGCCUCCUACCUCAAAAAGGGGAAUGGAGAGAUGUUCUCGCAGAAGCUGGGGUCAGGCUCCUCCGCUCAUUCAUGUGCCUUGGAUCUGGAUGGCAUCUCCCGGCAGCAGGUUAUGGCAAGCCGAGAGAAGGAUGGGCUCCCUGGCCAAAGGGAUGGGAGAUUCGACAGCCGUCCGCUGCCCAAUGCUGACAUCCGACGCAAGUCACCAAAGAUGAGGCAGAGACCCCCUCCUCGCCGAGAUCUCACCAUACCACGUGGUUUGAACCUGCCUAAACCUCCUGUCCCUCCUCAAGUGGAAGAGGAAUAUUACACCAUCGCUGACUUCCAGACCACCAUCCCUGACGGCAUCAGCUUCCAGGCAGGAAUGAAAGUAGAGGUUAUUGAGAAGAACCUGAGCGGCUGGUGGUACAUUCAGAUUGAGGAGAAGGAAGGCUGGGCCCCUGCCACGUUCAUCGAUAAGUACAAGAAAACCAGCAAUGCGUCCAGGCCGAAUUUCUUGGCUCCACUCCCCAACGAGAUGGUCCAGCUCCGGCUCGGCGAUGCCACAGCUGACAGCAGCACCGGCGAGGAAGUGACGGGACCGUGCCGUCCUCUGCCGGAGGCUCCUCCUAACGGUACGGACUGUGGUGGGAAGUGGGCCAAAGACUGGAAGGGGAAGGAGACUCCCGAGAGCGGAGACCUAGCCUUCGCCGGUGGCUACGAGGAGAUCUCGGACCGUGACACAGAGGAGAAGCCCAGCCUGCCGCCCAGGAAGGAGUCCAUCUUUAAAUCGGAAGGCGAGUUACUGGAGAGGCAGAGGCCUCCCCCCAAGCCCCCGGGCAUGAUUUUGCCCAUGAUCCCACCCAAGCAGUCGGCGGCCCCGAAGGACAGCAAGAAGCCCGAGCUGAAACCGGAGAAAGGCAAACUCUUCCAGCUGAAAAACGAAAUGGGACUGGAAUGUGGACACAAGGUGUCAGCCAAGGAAGUGAAGAAGCCAAACCUCCGGCCCAUUGUCAAGCCAACCAAGCCAAAAGCUGAGCCCGCGGAGGACAAGCCUGAGCCCAUCGCCCAGAAUCUGUUCUUGAAGUCAAGACCUCAGAUCAGGCCAAAACCCGCUGCAGCCCCCCGGACUGACCCACCUCCAGCUGAUGAUAAACUGGACAUUUGCAGCCUGCGGAGCAAACUUAGGCCUGCAAAGUGCCCAGAGAAACCCUCCGAGCAGGACACCGCUGCCGGCGAAAGCUCCCUCAGUAAUGCUGCGGUCUCUUCGGAGGCUUCUGGAAGGUUUCAGGAGCGACCAAGCACGGAGAGCAAACCCCUGCCCAAGCUGGACAGCCACACCACGAAAGAGGUGCUGCCCAAAUCUCCCCUGGGCCCAGCAAACACCCCGGGUGCCAGGGACGCCCCGCCGCAGCGCCCCGUUGUGCCACCCCGCAGACCACCCCCCCCAAAGAAAACAGGGGGUCCUGCCUCCGGCCCCGCAGCAGAGCUCCGGGCCCCACCACGGGAAGUGCCUGAAGCCAGGUCGUCCCCAGUGCCGGGGAGGCCCAUGCUGGUUCCUCCGAAAGCCAAGCCGUUCCUCUCUGCCUCCGUCCAAGACGAAGCCAAAGUGAAAAGCAGCAUAAGCCCAAAGGUCAUAUCCAAGCCAGUGGAGAGAGGGGAAGCCAAGGAGAGGACCUCAGCCCCCGUCUCCUGUCCCGACAUCUCCAGGGAAGCUCUCUACGUGGCAGUGGCGGAUUUUGAAGGCGACGAGGAGACCAACAGCUUUAAAGAAGGGACUUUGUUUGAAGUUCGCGAGAAGAACAGCAGUGGCUGGUGGUUUUGCAAGGUCCUGACUGGGGGGCCGUGCUGGGAGGGCUGGAUCCCUUCCAAUUACCUACGGAAGAAGCCAUAG